ACGGGGACGAGGCGUGGGGGGAGAGGGCGGACGAGAACGACGUAGUGAGAGGAAUCAGAAUUUAGUUGAGGCGCAAGGGUCCUCCGGCUAAGGACUACGGUCCCUGGCAGUCCGGGACAUUAUGCCAGGCGGCGAGGGGUCCCCGAUCAAUCUCCUCGACCACCACCAUCAUCAUCGCGCGUCAGCCGCCGCCGCCGCCGCCGCCACCACGUCCACGUCCACGACGGACGAGUGCGCGAACGGUGACGAUGUCAGGACGACGACCACCGGCGCGACCCUCACCAGCGCGAUGACGAGCGCCCUAACGGGCGACGGUCUCCGUCGCAGAAAGGUCAUACACGCGGCCCGAGAAACCCUCGAUAAGGCAUCCCGUCUUUUAAGACGAAAAAUACCAUGUACAGGCCAUUUAAUGACCCCCCGCCGCCUAUGGAUACAAAAGGUUCCUACUCAGGAAUGCGACGUAGUCAUGAUGUUCCCCAGCGGAGCGAACGACGAGACCUUGAUGUGGCUUCUAGGUCGGCUCCGGGCUGGAACCCCGGGGCUAAUAGUUCACGUGCGACAUCACGCCUCGUCGGACAGUUACGGGUUUUACAUUACGGCGCCGUUUAGCGUUCUGCUCAAAGCCGCCGAGGAGGUGCAUCUACCGAAGUCCCUCCGACAGGAAUUCGGCGGUGGAUUCAAGGAAUUCGUCGGCUCCGAGGCCAACUGCUUCGAGGGCAGCGACGACGAGAUCCGAUUCUUCACCACCCAGGAGAGGCAGUCCCUGGUGCUGCAUCUACUUCACACCCUGAGGGCCGGCCCUCAGGAUCUCCAUAGUCUGCCCGGUCUUAAAAUGGUGGAAGGUCAAGCGAUUAUCCCAAAGUGCAUUUCGUCUGGUAUUAUUUCUCAGGUCUUCCCUCUUCAUGAAUUACCCGCGUUAGAGAAACUGCAACGGAGCUGGGUCCGCGCGUUCCUCAGCCCCCAACCCUUGGACGACAUUUGUAAAUACUUCGGGGUGAAAAUUACCAUGUACUUCGCCUGGCUCGGCCACUACACCACCGCUUUGAUUGUUCCAGCUGCAGUGGGUGUCAUAUACUGGGUCGGCAUCAUCGGCAAGAACCAAGCGGUGGAGGAUGUGGCGUACGUUCUGUUUUCGGUGUUCAACGUGAUAUGGGCUACCGUAUACCUGGAGACAUGGAAAAGGAGGGGCGCGGAAUUGGCGUACAGGUGGGGCACUUUGGAUCAGAGGGACGAUUUAUUGGUCGAGCCUAGACCUCUGUUUACAGGAACUCUGGAGAUCUCCCCGGUGACGGGUAGGCUGGAACCGACGUAUCCCAGGUGGCGAAGAAAUAUGUUUCGAUACUUCGUGAGCGUGCCUAUUAUCGCGAUCUGUUUACUCUUCGUUUUCAUCGUUAUGAUCCUGAGUUUUCAGAUACAGGAUUGGUGGGACGCGCAUCUUGAAUCUGGAGGCUACGGAUUCUGGCUCAGUUACGUGCCAAAGGUUUUGCUCGCGGUGGUGAUUGCACUAAUGGACGAGGCGUACUUCAAGGUUGCGGUGUGGUUGAACGAUUUGGAAAACUAUCGACUAGACACCGAGUACGAGAAUCAUCUGAUCUACAAAGUGGCACUGUUUCAGUUUGUAAACUCCUUCCUAUCGCUGUUUUACAUCGCCUUCUAUCUUCAAGAUCAAGAGAGACUCAAGGAGCAACUGGCGGCUCUGCUCAUAGCUCGCCAGGUGAUCGGUAAUCUGAAGGAAUCCGCGGUGCCGUAUCUGAUCGAGCAACUACGACUGGCGCGGUUGAGCUUCGAGCUGUUUGGGGCCCUGAGUCCCAGCGAGGCGAGACCGCCCCCCGGCCAGGAGGGAGGCAAAGAGGCACAGCAGGGCGGUAAGGACAGCGAGGAGAAAGAGGACAGGCCCGACAGCGGCAAGUCGAAGCAGCGGAACGUCAGCCAGGCAGAACUGGAGAGUUCCCUCUACAGAGUAGGGCAUCCCACUAAUUCUCUACUUAGUGACGUUACGUUCAAGUAUGACGGAGCGUUUUCAGAGCAUUUGGAAAUGCUAUCGCAACUAGGAUACGUUUGUCUCUUCUCUUCAGCAUUUCCGUUGGCUGCGAUGGCUGCUUUACUUGGGAAUUUGCUCGAAUUACGCGGCGACGCAUUUAAACUAUGUUUCGUGCUUCAACGACCUUUCGGGCGUAGAGUCUCGAAUAUCGGCACAUGGCAAAACGCGAUGGAGGCGAUGGGCUUGGUCGCUAUUUUAGUAAACUGCGCCCUGAUCGGACUGAGUGGGCAGGUGCAACGAAUGUUUCCAGAAAUGUCAGCAACGCAGACGAUUUUAUUAAUCGUGGCAUUGGAACAUAUAAUGUUCGCGAUUCGAUUCGUGAUUAUUUGUGCGAUUCCCGAUAUUCCCCAUUGGGUUGCUACCGAGAUGGCUAAGGUGGAAUUCCUGAGGCGCGAGGCAGUCCGAAGGCUGUCAUCGACUCCAUCACCAGAACAACAACCAACAACAGUGAUAGGGAGAUUCGUGGUGAGUCCAGCAGACGGAGAGAACGAAGAGCAGCACUUGCUUUCCAAUCGCACCGGCUACGCGACCACGUCCAGUCGUGUGGACACCCCGAACUUGGCUUCGACCACCACCCAUACCCCGAGUGGCCCGACAACGCCCAGCGCUGCGUCGGUGCCGAGGAUCGCGGAGACGCCACCCACGGUCGAGACCCCCGCCGGAAGCGGUGGAAGCAGCAGCGAGACCAGUCCGUUCCUACCCGAGAGCAAUUCCAACGUCAGCCGGGACAUUCGUAACACGCCGAGGUGUUCCAUACCCGGAGGCGAGCGAGUAGGAAGACGUUCGAGGGAGUGGUUGAGCAACGAACCGGAAGCGUCCGGUACCAACGAUCAGUAUAGUCAUCAUCUGACCAUAGGACCGCACGGCGGCGUUGAUUGGGUACGUCGGUUAGGUCUGGAGCCUGGUGGACGAAAAUCGAGCGAUUCCGAAAUUAGCGGAGCCGGUGCCGUGAGCGGACGGGAGGAGGAUUUGACAUUGCACAGGUCCACCGACUGCAUCGUCUCCAAAGAACUCGCGUCCUCUUCAGAUAGCGAUCUUCUCAGAUCGGCGCCGCCGUGGGCGAUGGCUCACAGGAACCAGAAAUUCCGUUUUUCUCCCGAAAAGGAGAAGGAGCGCGAGAAGACGGAGAAGCAGCAGUACCAGCAUCAUCAUCGGGAAACCCGAGAACUCCGAGAACCGCGAGAAACCCGAGAAACCCGAGAAACGCGGGAAACACGGGAAACGCGGGAGGCACACGAUCAUCGCGAACGGCAGUCCUAUGUCGCCGAAAAGGAGAAGGACUCGAGCGGACUGUCGGACUCCAGCAAGACCAUCUCGAGUCAGGAGGAGGAAAAGCCGACGAAGGAGGAUCGGGAGGCGAAGAAGACCCGCGUGAAGCAGAGCCUGAUGAAACGAGCACGCUCGGUGGCGAUCUUCUCGCUGAAGCUGAAGGAACGCCGCGCACGGGAGGCCGAGCUCAAGGCCAAGGAGGCGGAAAGGGAGGCCAGGUGGCAGCAGCCGCAGUCGUGCGUCGGCGGCGAGCUCUCGUGCAUCCCCAUAGAAAAGCUUAUCUCCGUGGACGACAUCGCGGCCAUGGAAAUGCGCCGGACGAAUCAUUAGCCGCUUAACGAAAAUUGUCCUUCUCACACUUUUGUUUCCUCGCUACGUAGAGAGCCGUUCGCGUACCGCGACACGCGCGUUGCGCGCCCGACGGACGGUGAGAGAUCGCACCCUCUUCGAUCGCGCGGAGUCGCGACGGAGGGAUGAUAAAUCCCGGGCGGCCUCCCUCCACCCUUCCACCAUCCCACUUUUCCCCCGCGUGCAGGUACGCGGUAACCGGACGAGAGAAAAGGCGCACAACUCUUACGAAUCAUCGCAGGCACAAGGAUACCGUAGAUAACAUUCCGUAGACACUACCCCCUCCCUACUGUCCCGAUGCCUAGACACAGGGCAUCGAACCGCGGUCCCCGGCUCGAUUCGGUUCGGUUCCGGAACGAAGCGAACACGCGUAGCGUACGUUCGAAGGAUUUAGAGUAACACCAGAUAUUCCGUGAUGAGGAUUGAAAAUCUUUAAACAUGCGGUAUCACGAAUGAAGCGUAAAACUUUUUUGAAACGGAAAUAUUAAUAAGAUCUUCACCAAUUUGCGACGAAAUGAUCUCUCAGAGAUCUCGCAGAGUAUUGAUCUCUUCUACGGGUAGAGAAGCAAAAGGAC